AUGUCGGCGAGUCACGACAGUCGAUCCCGCGAGAGCGGCCCUGAGGGGAUGGAGCCGGACGGGGUCAUCGAGAGUAACUGGCACGAGGUGGUGGACAGCUUUGACGAGAUGAACCUGUCGGAGGCGCUGCUGCGCGGGAUCUACGCCUACGGCUUCGAGAAACCCUCGGCCAUCCAGCAGAGAGCCAUUCUACCUUGUAUCAAAGGCUAUGACGUCAUCGCGCAGGCGCAGUCCGGCACAGGUAAAACCGCCACCUUCGCCAUCUCCAUCCUGCAGCAGGUGGAGCUGGAGCUCAAGGCCACGCAGGCGCUGGUGCUGGCCCCCACCCGCGAGCUCGCCCAGCAGAUCCAGAAGGUGGUGAUGGCGCUCGGGGACUACAUGGGGGCCUCGUGCCACGCCUGCAUCGGCGGCACCAACGUCCGCGCCGAGGUGCAGAAACUGCAGCUGGAGGCGCCGCACGUGGUGGUGGGGACGCCGGGACGCGUCUUCGACAUGCUCAACCGCCGCUACCUGUCCCCGAAGUUCAUCAAGAUGUUCGUGCUGGACGAGGCGGACGAGAUGCUGAGCCGCGGCUUCAAGGACCAGAUCUACGACAUCUUCCAGAAGCUGAGCGGGAACACGCAGGUGGUGCUGCUGUCGGCCACGAUGCCGCUGGACGUGCUGGAGGUGACCAAGAAGUUCAUGCGGGAGCCGAUCCGGAUCCUGGUGAAGAAGGAGGAGCUGACGCUGGAGGGGAUCCGGCAGUUCUACAUCAACGUCGAGAGGGAGCACGGGGACAUGGACCAGAAGGAGCGUGACGUCAUCAUGCGGGAAUUCCGCUCGGGAUCCAGCCGGGUGCUGAUCACCACCGACCUGCUGGCCCGCGGCAUCGACGUCCAGCAGGUCUCGCUCGUCAUCAACUACGACCUCCCCACCAACCGCGAGAAUUACAUCCACAGGAUCGGCCGCGGGGGCCGCUUCGGCCGCAAGGGCGUGGCCAUCAACAUGGUGACGGAGGAGGACAAACGGACGCUGCGGGACAUCGAGACCUUCUACAACACGGCCAUCGAGGAGAUGCCGCUCAACGUGGCCGACCUCAUCUGA